CGAGACGAAGUUUGGACAUGUGAACUUGAGGGGCAGAUAGUGGAUCUACUUAUACGUUUUUUUCCCCCCCAGGGGCAUGAAGAAGACCUGCUAAUUUGAAGAAAGCACUUUCAUUAGACCAGUCUCAAAUCUACCCAGAUUACUUGGCUCUCUUUCAAUACAGCUGUCAAGCACUGACAGCAGACCUGGUGGAGUGUUUUGUUCUUUGAAAACCCACAGGAGAGAUUCUCACAGAUUGUGUCAGGCUGUGGCCGUGUCGGCUGACAGACUGAGCAGCAUGUCAAAGGAGGUGAAGCCAGAGACCGUGUCACUGUGUCCUCUGAACAUGGCAGCUGCCCCUGAGCAGACGCCGCUGUGUAUCUUCGGAACAGGGGACUUAGGCUUCUCUCUGGGCCGGCGUCUGCUCCAGUCUGGCUACAGGGUGGUGUACGGCAGCCGCAGACCUCACAGCUGCGGACCCCUGCCUCCGGGAACUCAGGUGAUGAGCCACGGAGCAGCAGCCCAGUCUGCCAAUCUGGUGUUUAUUUGCAUUCACAGAGAAAACUAUGGCUUCCUAGAGACUCUUCUUCCUGAGUUAAGGGGAAAGGUGCUGGUAGACGUCAGCAACAACCUCAAAAAGAAUCAAUAUCCAGAGGCCAACGCUGAGUAUCUGCAGAGACUCGUUCCAGGAGCUCAUGUGGUGAAAGGUUUUAACACUUUGUCUGCCUGGGCGCUUCAGAACGGACCUUCAGAUGCCAACAGACAGGUGUACCUGUGUGGGAACAGUGCAGAGGCAAAGCAGACGGUGGCAGAGACGGCUACCAAACUGGGCUUCACUGUUCUGGACAGGGGGUCUCUGUCUGCAGCCAGAGAGCUGGAGGACUUCCCCCUGCAGCUGUUCCCGGAGUGGAGGAUGCCCCUGCGCCUGGCCGUAGGCCUCACCGCCUUCUUCUUCUUCUAUCUCCUCAUUAGAGAUGUCAUCUAUGCGUAUGUCGAACAGCAAAAAGACAUCUCCUUCAGAAUCAUGGUGUCCCUGGCUAACAAGGUGUUUCCAAUAGUGUCUCUCAUUAUGCUGUCGCUGUGUUACCUCCCUGGAGUCAUAGCUGCCCUCCUCCAGCUCUACAGGGGAACCAAAUACAAGCGCUUCCCUGACUGGUUGGAUCGCUGGAUGCUGUGCAGGAAACAGCUCGGACUGGUCGCGCUUGCCUUCGCUUCCCUGCAUGUGCUGUACACCCUCCUAAUUCCCAUAAGAUAUUAUGUGAGAUACAAGGUUGCGGCAAGUACAAUCUCACAGAUCAAGGAGAACCGAACAUCAGAGUUUGACACCGCCAUCGCUUGGCGCACUGACUCGUACUACUCUGUGGGGAUCCUGGGAUUUGGCCUCUAUCUUCUGCUGGGGAUAACCUCCCUCCCCUCUGUCAGCAACGCUCUCAGCUGGAGGGAGUUCAGCUUCAUACAGUCGAAGCUGGGCUACGUGACGCUGUUAUUCUGCACUUUACACACCUACUUGUAUGGCUGGAACAAGUUUCUUCGACCCAGUACCUACAAAUGGUACACUCCACCGGGAUACAUGCUCAGCCUGAUCGUGCCGACGGUCGUCCUGGUGGUCAAGCUGUUGCUCCUCCUGCCCUGUGUGGACCGCACCCUCACCCGGAUUCGACAGGGGUGGGAGCGCACGGAUCCUGAGGACGGCUGCGAGAAAUCACUGCUAGCAUAAGAUUGUUCCCGGAGAAAUUGCAGUGCAAUGAAAACACAAGGACAUAAUGCAUUUACCAAAAGCAUUAGACGUACAGGGGUAAUUAUGUUUCUUUGGACUUUAAAUAACAGCGUCCUCAUGUCAGACAGUAUUGUAAGAAAACCAAAAUGAUGUCAAAGGAAAUUUAUAUUUUCCGUAACUUGUUUGACCAAUUUUUUUCUUUUCGUUAGUGCUUACAAUAUGUAUACCUUGUAUGUCCAUGCUGUUUUACAAUUUUCCUUUUCCUAUUUUAUAAAUUUCUAUUUUGGGAUACGUUGUCACUGUUUCAAUGAUCUUCCUUUAUUAUUAAUGUCGCAAGUACACUGUAUGUAUCAACUGAAAAAUACUCUUUAAAAACUUCACAGUGAGUCUCAGCAUUGUCAUGCGUCUCUUUUCUCCCCGCUUAUUUAAUUCCAUUCGGUGGCUCAGUCAAACUUUUUCCCCGCUGAAUUUAGCGCGCUCUGUCUUGUCGUCUCCGUCUGAUCCCUCUCUGGGGUUCGUGCCUCCGGCUGAUCUGAUUCUUUUCUCCAGGAAACAUUUGCACUGAGCGCGAGCUUUCUCCCCAGUCACUACUGGAUCUCAGCACAUCAGUGCCAGGAGGACUGUGAAGUCUCCUCUAUCACAGCGCUGUGCAGAGAGGAUAUGAUAUUUAGUCGUGACAGCACAGAUGUCCACGGAGGCUGUUAAUGUUCGGCUGCGGCGAAGUCAUUUUUGGAGGAAGUCAUUUCAUGAAUGGAGUAAAGAAAACACUAAACUCAAACGACUCAACUGUCAGUUAUUACAGAUACUUAAUCAAACAGCUG